AUGAGCGAUAGACCAGUAAGAAGACGACGUCAAAGAAAUCCUUAUUUAUCAACUGCUAGUAACGCGUUUUUUGUUGGGUAUGUUGAAGAUGAUGAACCCGUCGAAGCAAUUAUGAAAAAAUUUGAAGAAUUGGAAAAAAUUCAACAAGAAAUUGCUGCCACUAAACCUGAAAACUUAAUUAAUGAUGAUAAUGUUGAAGAAGAGCCUUUGACUGAGGAACAAUUGGAAGAAGUAUUUAAAAGAACUUCUACAUUUACCGUCAAAUCUGCUACUCUAGCACCAAAUGUUGAUGAUUUUGAGGAUAUAGAAUUAUGGAGAAUAGAAAUGGAAAAUAGUAUUGAAGAAUAUUAUGAAGAAGAUGAUUACAUGGCAGUAGAUGAUGAUUUUUGGGAUGAAGAUAAUAUAAACCCAAGUUUACCAACAUAUAUUAAAAUUCCUGCUGCACCAAUCCAAUCUUCAUGGGCACAUAGUAUUAUUUUUUCUGAUGAAUCAGUCAAAGAAGUUUCCAGUUCAAGAUAUUUUGAAAAAGAUAUUUUAUCAAUGGAUCUUAAAAAACUUGGAACAAACUUCCAAGCUGUAUAUAUAGAUCCACCACUUUUGUUACCAGGUGAAAAUCCAUCUCCAGGAAAAAUAACUGUUGAGCAAUUAGGUAAACUUAAUGUAACAGCCGUUGUUCCUAAAGGGUUUCUUUUUAUUUGGGUUGAAAAGGAAUUUAUACCAGAUAUUGUUCAAAUAGCUGAAAAUUGGAAAUUUCGAUAUGUGGAAAAUUUCUGUUGGAUUAAAAAAAAUUUAAACAAUCAGAUUUCACAUCAACCAUAUAGAUAUUUCAAUAAAUCAAAGAAUCCAGAUUGUCUAUUUGACUUUAUAAAACCAGAAACAGAAGACAUGUUAACUGAAGCUAAACCACGGGUUGUUUAUGAAAUCAUUGAAACUUUACUUCCACAAGCAGCUUAUAGUGAAACCAAUAAUAAAGGAGACAGAUUGUUAGAAUUGUAUGAUAUCAAUGAUGGUCAACAGUUGUUCAAAGUGGUUAAAGAUUUAAAAUAA